AUGGGCUCCUCGACUGCGAAUGGCAGUCCCGGGGACCAUGUCUCCUUCGAGCCGAUUGCCAUUCUAGGGAUGGCCUGUCGUCUUCCCGGAUCUAUUACAUCCCCUUCCAGACUCUGGGACGCCCUGGUCAAUAAAACAUCCGUCCGGACACCAACUGUGCCCGAAAGUCGGUUCAAGAUCGAUGCGUUUUACCACAAAAACCUGAACAGACCCGGUAGUCUCAAUGUUCGUGGCGGUUACUUCCUUGACGGCAGUCCUCAUGACUUCGAUCCUAGCUUUUUCGGUAUGACGCCGGUUGAGGCCAUGUGGUUGGAUCCACAGCAACGGCGCAUACUCGAAGUUACAUAUGAAUGUCUCGAAAACGCCGGCCUGAGAUUGGAAGACGUUGCCGGGAAAGAUAUUGGGGUGUUUUAUGCAGCGACAGGAACUGAUCCUGGUCUUCUUAGCGCGAGAGUGUGUAACAUCUUCGAUCUGCGUGGGCCAAGCGCCGUGAUCAAUAGCGCUUGUUCUUCGUCUAUGACUGCUAUCCACCAAGCAUGCCUGGCUCUUCAGACAGGCAAAUGCGACGCCGCAAUUGCGGGAGGUGUGAAUCUAAUCAUUUCAGUAGAUCAACACAUGAAUACCACUAAGCUGGGAAUCCUAUCACCGACGUCCACCUGUCACACGUUUGAUGCUGCAGCAGACGGAUAUGGCCGUGCCGAAGGAGCAGGCGCCAUCUAUCUACGCAGGCUCAGUGAUGCGGUCCGCGAUGGUAAUCCGAUUCGUGCUGUUAUUCGUGGCUCAGCGCUAAAUACAAACGGCAAAGUGACGAACCAAGGGAUUACCCAUCCAAGUCUAGAGGGACAGGAAAGAGUCCUUCGUGCUGCUUACAAAAGGGCCGGCUUAGACCCAACGGACACAGUUUAUGUUGAAUGCCAUGGGACUGGCACACCAGUUGGCGAUCCCAUAGAAGUCAAAGCUAUUUCGAACGGAAUGAACGAAAGACGGAGUCGCGAGCAGCCUCUGCUGCUGGGAGCUAUAAAAGCGAAUAUUGGCCAUAGUGAAGCUGCCAGUGGUAUAUUUGCUGUGAUCAAGGCGGCUCUGAUGGUGGAAUCCGGUGUCAUCCCUGGAGAGGAAGAAUGGAAUGUUAAAGUAAAUGUGGAUACGAUAUUGUGGCCGAAGAGCCCCCUUACCCGGCGGGUUGGGGUAUCGUCCUUCGGAUAUGGUGGCACCAACGGCCAUCUGAUACUGGAGGCCGCGCAGUCCGACCAUGGACAGACAAGGGUACAAACAGGGCAUGAGAGCUCAAGCCCUAGCAGGGCUUUGGUAUGUUUCACAGCACACGAUCGAGCUACCCUGGAGAAGAAUAUCGAGGCACACGCUUGUGUUGUCGACAAUCAUCACCUCCAAGAUGUGGCCUACACACUCAAUUGCCGUCGAACACACUUUACCCAUAGGGCCUUCACCAUUGCUCUUGAAAAUAAAGAAACACCGAGCUUCAGCAAGCAAAGCAUGGAAUUUGGAGUGGCAGAAUCUUCUGGUCCGGUUGCCUUCGUCUUCACGGGACAGGGUGCCCAGUGGGUUGGCAUGGGAAGAGAUGCUAUGCACACUCUAUCCACGUUCAAGAUAACUAUCAGAUCCCUGGAUCAGUAUCUACGAACAUUAAAGCCGCCGGUAAGAUGGACCAUUGAGGAGGCCUUACUCGGAAACAUCGACUCAGAACACAUUGCCGAGCCGGAUAUUGCACAGCCAUUGUGUACAGCAUUCCAGAUUGCCAUAGUUGAUCAGCUAAGGAAGUGGGGAAUCACUCCAUCUGCUGUUGUGGGGCAUUCCUCUGGGGAGAUUGCUGCAGCAUAUGCAGCAGGUAUGCUAUCAGCCCAGGAAGCUUUUGCGACCUCUUUUUAUCGCGGCCAAGCAGUUGCACAAGAAGGCCCUGCAGGCUCGAUGCUUGCUGUCGGAGUCGGCAUGGACAGGAUCGAGCCUUACAUUCGUGAUACAGACGUUGUUAUCGCAUGCGAGAACUCCCCCGAGAGCGUGACGCUCAGCGGCUCGGAGAGUUCAACUGAGAAACUUAGAUUGCAGCUUGAGGCCUCUGAGGCUUUUGUGAGGGAGUUAAAAACAGGAAGGCCCUACCACUCGCCUGCAAUGAAAGCCAUUGCUCCUCUUUAUGAGCAACUCCUUCGAGAGGCAGAUUCUGAAGCUGGAUCGUCAGCUCCCUCAGAGCGGCUCUCCCGCGUCCCAAUGUUAUCUUCUGUUACGGGGAGACAGGUUUACGAGAAUGAUAUUAAUUCCAGGUAUUGGGUGAAAAAUCUCAUCAAUAGUGUCCGCUUUCAUGCAGCCAUAACCGAGCUCAAGAGUAUAGAAGAACUGAAGCAGUUGAGUCACUUUGUCGAGAUUGGACCUCAUUCGGCACUUUCUGGACCACUGAAACAAAUAAUAUCGGCUAAUAGCCUGACGCAAAGAAUCAAAUACAUUCCGACUAUUAUCAGAGGAUCUGACUCUUGCAACGACUUGCUGCGAGUCGCCGGCCGUUUGUUCCUCUCCGGCUACAGUGUUCGCUGGCAUGGUAUUAUGCACGACUUGUGCAAGAAGCCAGGUCCACGACUACUAGUUGACCUGCCCUCUUACCAAUGGAACUAUACAAAGGAGUACUGGCGAGAGACACGACUAAGCCAGGAGCAGCGCCAACAAUCAGAACCUCGGCAUGACCUGUUAGGCAGACGAGUUGCAGGGCUUUCAAAAACGAUCUAUGUCUGGAAGAAUAUUUUACGGCUCCGAGAUGUGCCGUGGCUGAGAGACCAUCGCGUUGGAAGCGAGGUCUUGUUGCCCGGUGCAGCGUACAUUGCUAUAGCAAUCGAAGCCUUAAGGCAAAUCAGUGAUACACUGUUCAGUCCGAGCAAUGGCACGUGCUUGAAGGACAUUGGAUUCCAGCAAGGGCUUGUGAUACCAGAUACCGACAAUGGAAUUGAAGUGGUGACCCGAUUGUCGCGCCAAAGUAAUAAGGGAUCCGACUGGUUUACAUUCACUGUCGAAUCUCUUCUGGACAAUAACUGGACCACCCAUUGCAGUGGCCAUAUAACGCCUCGCAAGACGAAGCUCAAUGUAUCCAGACAGUGCCAUCAACAGGUGAUUAAGAAACUUCAUCAACGUACUCACCCCGACAGAUGGUAUAAGACAUUCGAUCGGGUUGGAGUCUUUUAUGGACACAUUUUUGAGCGCUUAGGAGAAGUCAAUUCCAAUGGCCGGGAUUAUACAGCAGCAAGUACCAUCGGGUUGGAUCAAGAGAGCGGAUCAAUCGACGGCGAAUCAAGAUAUGUUCUGCAUCCAGGGACUAUUGAUGCCUGUUUCCAGCUGGCCAUUAUCUCCUUCGAGAAGGGACGAUAUAAUGUCAUGCCGUACAGCACAAUCCCGAUGCGGGUCGAAGAGAUAACCAUUGCCUCUCCAGAAGAGGCUGAAGGAAAUGGAUUUGCGUGGACGGAUGAGUGCCAGAGCCCCCUUUUCCGGUCACACAUACAACUGGUUAGCUCGAACGGGCUCCCGAUUUUGGAAUGUAAGGGGGUUUGGUUCAAAGAGCACGAGAUGAGCUGGUCGGCUCGCUCGACGGCGGUCAUUCCGGACCAGAAGUACAUGCGAUACCGGUGGCAACCUGACAUUGACUAUGCAUUUAAGUUUCUGGGAAAAUUGUCCUACAAGUCGCUCGGAGAGGCUGUCGUCGAAUUAAUUGGCCUGGUUAACCACAAGCGGCCCAUACAAAGAGUGUUCGUCUCCGCAGGAGACGAUUAUAGUUUGAUCGAGGCCGUGGCGCGCUGGGUUCCCGUUAUUGCGAACUUAACGAUUGCUGAGAUGUCCGACGGGGAUGUGGAAAAGAAAUUAGUGUUCACUAUACCAGAGCAUAUAUCGGUAAUACAGCUCUCACCAAACGUGUCUCAGCUAUCUUCAACCCUGGAGGGCGAACAUGACCUUGUCGUUUUCAAGGGUCAGUUAAAUUCGGACGUUAUCCAAGAACUACAGUCCAUCCUGACGCCCACCGGUAGAAUGCUCCUAAUGCAGGAUGGAAACACAUCGGGAAUUAGCAGCUGUCUGGACUGUCCUCUCAUGAUCUCCAGGCCAGCUUUAGGGCAAUCUGUCUCACAGACUAGUCUGCUACUCUCCCAGGAAUUAGAACAUGGUAUUAAUCGAGAAAUAGAGCCGACAGCGGUCACCUUGGUGGUCAAAGAAAGUUCGAACCAACAUCUCGUGAACGAGUGUGUGAAAGCACUACAGGUCUUGAAAAUAUCUGUCGAUGUGGUAAAACUGCACGAGACGAAUCAUCAAUCAAACCAACAUACGGUUAUUCUUGACGUUGAUGGUCGCAUUUUGUCGAAUCCCUCGGAGACACAAUUUGAUUUGCUCAAGAAGCUAGUUCUCUCCGAGGAGAAUGUGCUUCUCUGGCUCACUUUGGGUACCAGCCAAGGCCGUAGGGCCGAAGGCGGGCUGAGUCUAGGAUUCUUGCGGGUUGUCAGAUCGGAGAAUCCUGGGGCUAAGAUCCUAUCAUUGGACGCUAUGCUAACAGUCCUGGGAGCUGCAGCACCUCGGAGCUCUGGCCACGAGACAGAGUUCUGGCUUCAUGAAGGAAUUCUACAUACCAAUCGGUUGAUGCCCUGGGCAUGCCCCAGUACAUCUCCGAAAGAUAAUGAGAUGGUGAAACUACCACCAAACAUACCGCUACAGAGCGAGCUUGUGAAUAGCGAAUUGGUCUUCAGGGAGAGUGAGGAAUACAUGAUUGAUGCAGAGGGGGACGAAAUAUGUCUCCAAGUGGAGAUGACAGAAUACCAGAGUUGGAGUCCUAACCAACGCACGAAGCAACCGGUCAUCGUCGUCGGCCACGCAAUCCCCAACCAUUGUGAAGAUACAGUUGGCCAGAUGGUCACGCUCGCCGCACAGAAUGGCUAUCAAGCCAUUGUAAAGGCAAAGGAAGGUGCUUGUUUCGAAUGUGAGGGUCUUGACCCAGCGUUCCUUUGUGCUACCCUUCCAACCGUGUGCAAAGUCCUUCUUUGCAUGAGCUGGCUAGGAAGAGCCCAUAAGGAUGAUUAUAUUCUGCUUUUACAUAUGCCCUUAUUAUUUGUGCGGUUGGCCAUCAAUUUCAGUAGGGAAUUGAAUGCCCGGAUCACUGUCGUUGUAGCAACGCAAGAAGAGAGUGACGAACUAUAUGAAGCCUCGUCGUCCGGUAUUCCGAUUGUUGUUGUUGAGGAUUUGCAUACGUCUCAUAUGUCGCCAGUCCUCGAAGCUACCUCUGGGGAAAUUUCACUGGUGAUAAGCAAUCGGUUCUCGGCAGCUGGCCAAGAGGCAUGGAGACACAUAUCAGCGGCCGGUCGGUUUCUCUUAUGCAAUGGGGAGAUAGAAGGGACACUGGACCCACGACCUUUCAGCAAGGGUGCUUCUUUUCUGCCUAUGGGCUAUGGAUCCCUAUGUACACGACCAGAGAUGGCGGCUGAAAUCCUACAGGAUGGGCUGGAGUUUCUGAAGAAGAACAAGGACAUCUGGACGUCCCAUGUGCCAGUUUACAGCAUUGAUCAAUUGCCCGCGCAGCCUAUUAACCACCAGUCGAAUCGAUCCUCAGAUUCAAACGAAAAGUUAAAUGCGGCAGUGAAAUUCAGAUACGGUGAAAGUCCUGCGAAGAUACUACCUUCGAACCGGCGGAUUCAAUUCUACCCCGAUGCAGCAUACCUACUCAUUGGAGGGCUCGGCGGCCUUGGAAGCAGUCUGGUCCGCUGGAUGGCCGAGCAAGGAUGUCGACAUUUUGUCUUCGUAUCACGCUCAGGCGCAACGCGGCCAAAGGCAGCUCAGACCGUUGAACUUGCCAAAAAGGCUGGCGCAUCAGUGCAUGUAUUUCGGGGUGAUGCUGGUAAUGAGUCCGAUAUGAGAGCUAUUGUCGCUCAAGUAAUGAAAGAACGACCGAUUCGUGGUGUGGUGCAUGCUGCAAUGGUGCUGCAGGACGGCCUGCUACAAGACAUGACAGCCGCACAAUACCAAGCUGCCGUUACUCCCAAGAUCCGCACAGCACAAAUUCUCCAUUCCGUCCUUAUCAACGCCCCGCUAGACUUUUUCGUCAUGACCAGUUCGAUCUCGGGUACAAUAGGUACACCAGGCCAGACGAACUACAGCGCCGGCAACAGCUUCCUCGACGCAUUCGCAGUAUACCGUCAGUCCCUCGGCUUACCCGCCUGCUCCAUAGCGCUACCCAUGCUGCUCGACGUCGGAGUAGUGGCAGAAAACCAAAACGUCGAGGACUCCCUCCAGCGACUAGGCUUUUACGGAAUCGACGAGAUAGAGACGCUCGAGGGUCUCGAAGUCGCCAUGUCCCCGAACAGUCCCACCCAUCUCGUGCUAGGGCUUGAUCCCUCCCUGCUGCACCGCUCCUCUGGCACGAACCGUCUAUUCUGGCACGGUGAUGCUCCUUCGAAACCAGAUGGGGAUGUUCUUGGUGACGGUGAAGAGCUUGAUCAUGAGACGUUGAUGGCCCGCGUUGGUGACCGGAUUGUGAAAAAUUGUGCCAGUAUGCUGGGUAGGGACACUGGCGAGAUCAAUUUUAGUAAAGGGACUGUUGCCUCGUAUGGACUGGAUAGUAUGAUUGGAUCGGAGUUGCAGCAGUGGCUUUUCGGAGAGUUUGGGCUGACGUUGAGUUUUCAUGCAUUCACUACGCCAGAGAUGACGUUUGAGGGGUUGACGAGGCAGGCGGUUGAGUCGCUUGGGGUGGGUGGUGCUGAGUGA